AUGAAAGUGCCCUGGACGAGACUGAUCCGGUUCGUCGCGACCGACGGCCGAGUCCUGCGCGGCGAACCGAUCCUGCCCAGCGAGGACUUCGACCUGGGCAACGUCACCGAGGCGGACCAGUUGAAGGCCAAGGUCAUCGCGGGCGACGACAUCUUCGACACGACCGGCAAGACCAAGGUGACGGACGAGGUGGUCACGGUGAAGAAACUCCUCGGGCCGCUGGCGCGCGAGGAGGUGCCGAUCCUGAGAUGUGUCGGGCUGAAUUAUGCAAAGCACAUCAAGGAAGCUGGACGCCAACCUCCGCCGUUUCCCUUUAUUUUCUUCAAGCCGAACACGACAGUCCAGGAUCACGAUGCUCCGGUGGUAAUACCCAAGCUCGCCCAGGAUGACCAGGCAGACUACGAGGGAGAGCUGUGUAUCGUCAUCGGCCGCGACGCAAAGGACGUCCCCCGCGACCAAGCCCUGGACUACGUGGGCGGGUACACGGCCGGCAACGACGUGUCGUCGCGGAAACUCCAACGAGACCCGGAGCUGGCGGGCAGGGUGCCCCAAUGGGGAUUCUCCAAGGGGUUCGACACCUUUGCGCCGCUGGGACCGUGUCUCGUGGCGCCCGACCUCAUCGGGAACCCGGCGGGCCUGCACCUGAAGACCAUCGUCGACGGCGAAACGCGGCAGAGCGAGGGCGUGUCGGAUCUGCUCUUUGAUUGUCCGUACAUCAUCUCGUAUCUGAGUCAGGGGACGACCCUGCAGAAGGGGAGUGUCAUUAUGACGGGGACUCCAGGAGGAGUCGGCUCCGGCUUGAAACCGCCAAAAUACCUCGUCCCGGGAACGAAGAUGGAAGUGCAAAUCUCCAAGAUCGGGACGCUGCGAAACACGGUCGAGUUCGCCUGA